UAUUUUGUAAUGAAAAUGAAAUAUCCGGUGUAUUAUCGUCGCUUACUUCAUUGCCAAUACUUAUAUUGACACAUGGCGGAAUAAGGGAAUAUCUGAUGUCCUCUCUCACCGGUCAUGAGGAGGUGUAGAGUGACCGUGUCAGUGUGAGAUGUCUACUGGUUGUCUUAUUCUUCACAGAUUUGAUCAUGUCGGCGCGCCAAGGGGAAGUGGGUGAUCUGGGCAGCAAGAGUAAAGAGCAGCUCUUGGAGAUGCUGUCGAGACAAGAAAAGUUACUGUCUAAUAAGAGAUUCAUUCAGACCCUUCCAGAUAAGGGAAAGAAGAUUGCCGGCUUUGUGGAGAAAGUGCACCUUGCACUUGGACAUGUGGAGGAGGAGGAGAGAAAACAAGCAAGUUUAAUCUCUCUCCGGAUAGAGUUUCAGAGUAAAUAUCAGCAUGCCCUUGCCAAGCGAAGCACAGAGACGCAUUUGGACUCCAAUUUGGACAUGAUUAUCCCAUCCCAUGACAGAAACAAAGCCAAUGUCAAUAUCGAUGCGGCUAACAUAAAAGAAAAUGGUGGUUUGUUGGGCCAAGAGGAGUCUUUGUCAUCCCAGCCGGAGGCUGCUGAAACACUAGAAACAGCCGGUGGGAAUUCAGCAGCCUCACUGAUGAAAGAGCUUGUGGUGGCAUUUGGACAAGUAACUCUUGAUGAAAGUAACAAUGGCUCCAACCAAGACACCAUUAAAACCCUGCUUCCUAGUAAGCAACAGAAGAAACCACAUUACAUAGAAGUUCUGGAGAAGACAGAGAAAAGUGUGAAUAUGAGGAAGCCCAGAUUCAAACCAAACCAGUUAGCUGUAAAAUCUGAGUCUUCAUCACCUAGUCUGGCCUCUGGCAGCAUCACACCACUUACAGCAGAGGCCAGAAGACAACGAGACCGAAAACACCUGGAUGACAUCACUGCGGCUAAGCUUUCACCCCUGCACCACAGUCCUGCCCAGCUGCUGUCAUUAGAGGAGUCAGCUGACCUUCUGCAAGAGCAGACAAGAAAACACCUGGAGUUGCAGGCCAAACAAGCUGCCCAGAAGCUGGCAGAUGGUCUGAGUUUCAAGACGGAGAAUUACAACCCAGAAGGAGGCCCACUGGCAUCCUACAGAGAGGAGCAUGAUGAUGGGGCCCAGCUUUCCUCAGAGGAGGACUGAUUGUGGGGCCCUAGAGGGAGGGCAAUGGCUUGUUAAUGUGUUUGGCCCCUUGCCCUGGACCAGAUCUAGGCCUAGAGCCCAUGCUUCAGGACCCUGGAGAGAGGCUUUCAGCCCAAGGACAAGAGAAGAGCUCUUCAUGAACUGCACUGACAAUGUCUUAGAUUCUGCCUUUGAAGAUACAUAACAGCAGGUUGAAUCAAGUUGAGAAUUAUUGUGUGAAAACUGACCGUUUUUGCAUGUGGAAAUGUUUCUGUUCAACAGUAACAGAUUAUUUUGGCAAACUAAUGCCAAAAACCUGAUACCUCGGCAGGUCCACACCUGUUGUCUUGUAUAGAAUAAUAUAAUUACUUAUACUUACCAGCCAUACCUUCAAGGGUGUAGUUCAUGUGUUAUUAUGAAGAUAGUAAUAGAAUAUUUUUGUAUUAUCUUUCUUAAUGUUUAUUUAAAAACCCCUCUGAACUGACAAUUUUUAGCUUGUGAUUGGUUCUUUGAAUCGGAUAACAGAAACCGCAGUUUCAUAAACUAAAGGUGGAAGCACUUAAUGUUUUGUCACUUGAGUGCAACAGCCUGGGAAAUGUCUGUCUCCCUCCCUUUUUGCAGCAUUGUUUUGAUAAGCGCCCCACUGGUUUGAUUGGAAUGAGUCCGCUGUCGUUUGAAGGGAGGGAUGUUGUUAUCAGUGCAGAAAUCUGUGACAUGCCUCAGAUGAUUAAUAUAUGUAAUGUGAAAUAUCGAGGCUUGAAGGAAUUAAAACCAAUUGGUGGAGUACAUCUGGAUUUUAUUUAGAUCAUGUUACUGCAUGAUGUGGCAAUGCAUUCUGGGAUGGCAAGAGAUAGACAGACGUGACAUAUGGUAAAUGCAAAGCCAUCAGCACUAAUAAAAAUUCUUAAAAUUCACACCUUUAACCUCUCCGGAUAUAAACAACAUAGUUCCUUUACAUAUUAUUCAGGAAUCUUUAUAUUUAAAUGGAGAAAAAGGAUCUUGAAGAGGGAGGAAAUCCAAAUCUGUGCUGGUCUGCAGUUGAUGACCUGUGAUAACCUCUAGUAAUUGUUUCUGCCCAUGAUGUGAACUGCUGCCUCAGAAAAAAGAUCCUAACACAUCUGGCAGGUUAGUGUUUAGACUCCAGAGGGCCUUAUCCAGACGUCUCGUGAUAAAUAUGUCAGACUUGUCCAGAAAGAAUCUCCUCUCUAUGUGGUAUUAAUUAAGUCUACCUUGCAUACAGAGGAAAAAAGACUGUUAUCAAUUACACACUAGAUUCCUGUGCUGAUCAGAUUUGCUAGUGAGUACAUAGAUAUGCUUGAGUUGGACUUUAAGCAUGCGUCCUGACAGUGUCUUUUUUUAAGUUGUUUUUUUUUGCUGCAGUUUUUGCUUUCCACAUACCCCCACACCCAUCGUCUCGGAUCAAUAAAUGUCUAAUGGAG